CAGGAAAUGACAGCGGUAGAUCCAAGGGGAAAGAAACAACAGUGUUUAUAGAGAGUCGCGGAGAACAAGAAAGGCAAGCCUCCAGUUUCGACUCUCGUCUUGCAGAUAUUCUGUAGUUUUAGACGCAGUUAAGCUUCCCGAGCUGUUCUGUGGUUUUAAAGAUGUUAUCUUUUAAAACCGAGAGACAAACACUGACCGCGGUGUUCUUUGGUGCCGUCGUGCUGUGUGUUAGCUUUGUUAGCCAGGGAGAAUGCCAAACACCACCACCAUCAACUCCUUGCUCUACUUACAAAAGCUGUGACUCUUGUGUUCCACACGCCAAGUGUCUGUGGUGCUUAACCAACAACAACUGCACAGAAUACCCAGUGAGCUGGCUGCUGCCUCCAGCGUCAGUGUGCCAGUUGUCUCAGGCCCGUUGGGGAGUGUGUUGGCUGAACUUUGAGGCCCUGAUCAUUACCCUCGCUGUCCUGGGUGGAACCAUCCUCAUCAGUAUCGUCGCCUGCUGCUGCUACUGCUGCUGCUGCAGGAAGCGUCAGUCAGGCCCUGACAGAGAUGAGGAGAGAUUUGCCAGGAGGAGAGAGGAGAUCAAACAGCGCGCUGAGGAACGGAAGGGGGAGAGAAAGGCAAGGCACGACGAGAUCCGCAGGAAGUAUGGUCUGAUCGGUGACGCGGACCACCCAUACAGCAAGUUUGAGAAUGAGUAAAGCAGCUGCACUGGAGGAGUUCCACAGGCAGCGCGUUGAGCUGCUCUUCAGUUUUAGCUUGGAGUGGCGCCUGUUUUUCACACAAACAAUGAGACAAAUACCCCAGAGAUUAGAAUAAUCCAGUUAGAUACAAAUCACUGUUUCACACUUUUCAAACAAUAACAAACCUGUAAAGAAUUUAUUUUUCCUUGUGAUUUGUGAUGAGGAUGCAUUGUUGUGUUUUGGACAGAUGUAGAAGCUUGUUUUAAAACUUCCUGCAAAGUUCUUUCGUCUUCUUAAAUUAGAUUUAGAGUUUUCUCUCUUGAAUAUUGUAGUUUCAUAUCGGUCUUUGCACUUUGUACAUACAGCAACAAUUUAUGAAAUGCAGAAUAAUGAUUGUACUUAAGAUGAGUUCUGACACAUGAAUAAAAAUCUUUCUCUUUUAAU